CUUUCAUCCAGAUCUGUCACUAUUAUUCCUACAAUGGCCGUCUCAGCGAGCUCCAAGGGUCGCGUGCUCUGCACUGGUGGUAUGGGUUACAUCGGCUCGCACACCAUCGUUCAGCUACUCAAGGCCGGCUAUGAUUGCGCUAUCCUCGAUAACCUGUCCAACUCCAACCCGAUCGUCCUUGAGCGUCUGAAGACUAUCACUGGUGUGGACGUGCCUUUCUUCAAGCUCGACUGCUGUGAUGCUGAGGCCAUGCAGAAGCUCUUUUCCACUGAGCAUUUCGAUUGUGUGAUUCACUUUGCUGGCUUCAAGGCUGUUGGUGAGAGUGUUGAGAAACCUCUGAUGUAUUACUACGACAACAUCACGGGCACCAUCAACCUCAUGCAAGCUAUGGUUGACAACAACUGCAAGAGAGUUGUUUUCUCUAGCAGUGCGACUGUUUACCAGCCUCAGGAGAGGCCCCUUGUUGAGACUGAUUCCCUCGGGCCCAUUAACCCCUAUGGACAGACUAAGCUGAUGACCGAGCAAAUCAUGGAAGAUGUGUGUGUUGCUGACAAGGAUAUGAAGGUGGAAUUACUCCGUUACUUUAAUCCUGUUGGUGCCCAUCCGUCCGGCCUCAUCGGCGAGUCACCAAAUGGUCGCCCUAACAAUCUGAUGCCUUACGUACAGCAGGUUGCUGUUGGCCGUCGUCCCUGUGUGAAUGUAUUCGGCAACGAUUAUGAUACUCGUGAUGGAACCGGUGUUCGUGAUUACAUUCACGUUAUGGACUUAGCUGAUGCUCAUGUUGCUGCUGUUACUUACCUACUACGCGAUGAUAUUCACGGUGCGCACAUCCAUAAUCUCGGUACUGGACGUGGCGCUAGUGUGUUGGAGAUGAUUCAUGGUCUCGAGGAGGCUUCAGGGAAGAAGAUUCCAUAUAAGAUCGUCGCUCGUCGCCCUGGCGACUUGGGUAGUGUCAUCUGCAACCCAGCAUUAGCCAAGAAGGAGUUGGGGUGGGUAGCCACUCGUGAUAUGAAGACUGUCAUGGAGGACUCUUGGAGAUGGCAGAGUGAGAAUCCCUAUGGUUAUGAUGAGGAGGCUCCUAAGGAGGAGGCUGAGUAAACCGUAUGCAGCUGAGUGGUAACUAUUAUACACUUUAUGUUCAGUGUAGUAGGAAAUCCUCUAUUGUUGUUGUUCCUAAGAAUUUCUACCAUACUUCUGUCGUUGGGGG